UGCGCAUGCGCAAACUGAAGGCUGGAGGGGCUCCGCGAAGCAGACCGGGCCGAACAGGCAUUGCGAGCUCGGCAUCAAGAGCAGGUAGACCGCGCGCACACCUGACGACAACGUUCACAGUGGAUUGAGGCGUUUCAUCCAACAUCAACAGUUCACGUGAGAGCAAAAAUCAGUAACAUCUGAUUUUUGAAAAGCCCGACAGAAAAAGUUUUAUCAAAAUAGAGGAAAACCAAGAAGAGGAAGAAGAAAAAAAAAGAUACUUUCAGUUGCUGAGGAUUAAAAACGUUUUGUAUGUUCAAAUAGACCUCCAUUAUCGAAACAUAAUUUACUGACAUUUGAGAGGUCAGGGAAAGACCAGCUAACGCAUACCCACAGCCUUCCACCUCUACAAUCGUCAUCGUCACAAGACUUUGCUUGAUAGUUUCGAAGAAGGUGUCAACAGCCGCAACGACAAAGGACAAAGGAAAAAAGAAAAGAAGACAGGUAAAAGCAACAGUGGUGACAACACGUGGGUGAGGCAGACGAAGAAGAUGAGAGGCAGGGAUCGUUGCAGUUGUGGAUGCUGCUGGGGUUGUUGCUGUGCCGCGAGUGCACGGCUCACAUACGGCUGACAUACCCACAGGCCCGCAAAUACGACUUUGACUUUCUGGACAACAUCCGUACUCCGGCCCCCUGUGGGGGGAUGCCCAAAGAUCCUGGACACAGUACCAAACUGCAAGCGGGCACGAAGAUGAAGAUCGAAUGGCACCUGUCUUAUCCACACAGAGGAGGCUACUACUUCCAACUCAUGGGCGACAACAACACGGAGAUAAGCCGCUACCCAGCGUCUGGUAUGGCAGGACAGGCUGAUGGGACGUCUCUCAGCUAUGACAUCAACCUGCCGCCACAGUCGUGCAGCAACUGUACUCUUCGGAUGGUCAGGCAAGCGGGGGAGUGGACAGCAGGGUCAGGCCAAGACUACCUCUUCUGGUCAUGUGCAGAUAUCGACAUAGUCCCACAGUUGACAGAAACUGAAAUGUGCAGUGGUCACGGGACCUACAAAAACGCUAAAUGUGAAUGCGACCGUUUGUUCCAUGGAGAAAACUGUCAGUUCAAAGAUGAGUGUGUUGACGAUGGCGACUGUGGAGGUCCAACACAAGGACAGUGCGUGCAGACAGACUCCACUUCGUACCCUAAGAGUCAGUGUUACUGCAAACCCGGCUGGUUCGGAUCCACGUGUCAGAAAGUCUCACCUGUAGCCGCGCCACCUGUCGAUCUCAACGGGUACCAGCGGGUACAGCUGCGACAGGACAUCACUCUUCACUACAAGAUCUUACAGGACACACAGGAAGUGGAAGUCGUCAUGUCAGCCAAGACUGUGAGCUGGAUGUCCCUGGGAUGGAGGACUCGCGGAACUGGCGCCAGCUGUCGCAAUUUCCCUAACCUUUCCAACAUUAACUCCUACGCCACCCCAGAGGUCGAACCUGUCGCCGAGUCAAAGCCCGAACCUAAGGCCGAAGGGACAGCUAAACCCGAAGGCGCAGCCGAACCCAAAGCAGAAGUUACCGCAAAGCCUGCAGGAAGUGGUGUUGCUGAACCUGUCGCAGAAGUCACUGGAAAACCUGCAGGAAGUGGAGUUGCUGAACCUGUCGCAGAAGUUACCUCAAAGCCUGCAGGAAGUGGAGUUGCCGAACCUGUAGCGGAAGUUCCCGCAAAGUCUACCGGAAAUAGUACUGCCGAACCUGUCGCAGAAGUUACUGCUAAACCCGCGGUUAAUGCCACUGCUGAGCCUCUGGCCUGGGGUAAAGCUGAGCCUAUCGCAGAAGUCACAGUUAAGGUUCCAGCUGCAGAACCUGUAGCAGAAGUCACAGCUAAGUCACCAGCUGCAGAACCUGUAGCAGAAGUCACAGCUAAGUCACCAGCUGCAGAACCUGUAGCAGAAGUCACAGCUAAGGCACCAGCUGCAGAACCCGUAGCAGAAGGCACAGCCGAACCUGCUAGAGUGGUUGACUGUGCCAACGAGCCGUCUGGUGCUGCUGAGCCGAAGAGCGAAGGUGAACCGAGCAGUGAGGGGACAAGUGAGCCUAAAAGUCAGAGCGAACCUAAAACCGAAAGCGAGCCCACCAGUGAAGGAGAGCCCUCAAAUAAUGGGCUCCACCCGAUGGACUGCACCGACGUUGUGAUUGCUCAGGCUAAAGGAAACCUCUACCGGGUGGGAGAUUUCUACACUAGGGACCGCUCUACACCCGUGAUGGACGAAUAUUUGGGGGGUGUCAACAGCCUGACAGCCGCCCUUGCCUGGGAGAAGGACGACACGACGACCAUGAUUUUCAGGAGGAAGCUAACGACAUCCGAUCCUGCUGACCACGAGUUUAAAAACGAGCUGAUGCACGUGAUCUGGGCAGUGGGGCAGCGCCAGGGUGCGUAUCGCCACAGCCCCUGUUCAGCCCUGGAGACCAGUAAGGUCUCCAUCUCGGACUACUACAAGAAAGACGAGCUCAAAUACCACGGGGUGGGCGCUCUGCAGAGGGGGACCGCUUCUGUCAACUUCUUUUCUGUAAACAACCCCACUCCACAGAGCAACUGCCUGCGGGGGUCAUGCCCGGCGGGUCAGUGUGGGCUGGACGCCAGCUGGGAGUUCGACCCGACGACGGACACAGUCAACUUCACCCUGCGCGCCAACGUCAACACCAAUCGCAACGCCUGGGUGGCCGUUGGCUUUUCUGAUGAUUCUCUCAUGGCGAACACAGACGUAGUUUACGGGGGAAUAACUCAGGAUGGAACUCAUCACGUAUGGGACGGAUACCUGAAAGGGUAUUCAACACCAGAGGUGGACAAAGCACAAGAUGCGACCGACUUCUCGAUUAACUACGACAAACGGCUACCUGACCUUCACCUUCAAGCGUAAACGCGACACCGGGGACAAGAGCGACUACAACCUGGCCACAUCCUGCCCUCGCCUCUUCUUCGGCGUUGGAGGCAAUGUGGUCGACGCGCAAGGAACCAUCCGGAAACAUAUCGCCGUUCCCUACGUGUCGCCACAGCAAAUCUGCUUCCGGCCUUGUGGUGCAGUGGGUAACCCGGAUGUUAGUUCCAUGACUGAAAAGAACUAUAAAAUCCAAGGGGAGCUGACUCUUCGAAACGAAGUGUUUGUACCAGCCCUGAGUGACCCCAAGUCGCCAGAGUUCCAGAAACGUGCCGCGGAUGUCAUGAGCAAUGUUGAGCAUGUUCUUCGGCCCUUCUUUGGCGACAGACUCGUGGGUGUUACCAUAUUACAGAUGAAGAACGGUAGUAUCAUCGUGGACUUCCUGCUGAGCUCAAGUCUGCCUCUUCGUUAGACGAAGUCGUACAGAAAGCGAAUGCGACUCUCCGCGAGCAACUUCCAUAUGAGAACUUCAGCCUUAGACUUGCAGAGUUUUCGCCAGUUUCAGCCAAUGAAAUGCAUCAAGAAGGCCUCUCAGAAGUGGAGAUAAUCGUCAUUGCUCUUGCCGUUGCCCUUGUUGUCGUUGCCAUCAUCAUUGCUGUGUGCAAGAUUGUGGAGGUCAAGAAAGCUAAAUCUGGAUAUAAGCGAGGAGUCAUUCGAGAAUAUUCCAUGUCGUCCGGAAAUACAGCUACAACGACCAUGACCUACCGUGAGUUCAUAGCUUCCGGUGAUGCAGACGCGAGCUACGAAGGCAAGAAGCCGCCGUCGUCUGGGAGUUCCGCAUACGUCAACCACGCCUAUGAUGCAUCCGGCUACCAGAAGAAUGCACCAUGAUAUCCACCUGAUAAUCUCGGACUUGGAUAGUACAUCAACACAAAAAUAAUUACCUACCGGUCCAUUAAGCAGGAUAGAAGGAUAAGUAGAGAAGGAAAGAAUGUCACAACGAACUGGCCAUUAGUGAAACAGUUACAACAAAUUUACAAUGUAUUAGAGAAAAUUUUGCAACAAAUUUACAAAGCAUUAAAGAAAAGAUUACUAUAACUGUGGUAAAAUAUGUUGAUAGCAGAGAUGAAUUUUGAAAUUUUUUUUGUGAAAAUGCUGUUUGUAUAUAAUUCUACACAAUUUGCCAGACGCGAUUUAAAAAGGAAAUUUCACUGAUUUCUGUAACGCAUGCGCAUGUUAUGGUGGCCAGUGAAGAUGCAGAAUCUCAAAUAGCUUGCCUGGUGAUUGUGUAAGUAGAAGUUCCUCAUGCGUAGAAUGUUAAAACUUAAUUGUUUUCAUUACGAAUGUUAAAGGGUCAUUGUUUUCAUGGAUCUGAACAGUUGAAAUAUAUAUAUAUGUAAGCUUUUUUUCUGUUUUGGGGUGGGUGGAUGGGUAAACUGUUUUAUCCCGAGCCCGCAGCUAUAUCACGGUAAAGCAGCCGGAACUUGCCCAUAUAUUUCUGUUUUGUCUGUUAGCUCUAUGAUUUAAAUCGCUUAUGGAUCUGAAUUUUUUAAAAUCGCAUGCUGGGCAUAUUUUUUCUCGUUUCGUUUUUCCCUCCUCCCCAGUUACUAUAUAUAGCACAUUUUAUGUGUACAUUGGUGAAAUAAGUGUAUAUACAUGGCUGGAAGUAGUCGAUGAAAUAACAAUGAUGAUUCUGGUAUUAUUUUCCCGUUUUACAGCAGGUUUAAGUAAGGCCCGGUGAAUAAGCAGAGAUUUCUGACGACUUCAUUAGCAAAUAACAGGCAACGAGAGAGAGAGGACGAGGGAAAGAAUUCUUUUAAGCUGAACAAAAUCGCUAUACAUACAAGAAUCAAAAUGAUUUUAAAAAAGUACUGUUUUCAACCUGUAUCACACAUUUUUUGUUUAUUUUUUUACCUCCCUUUCUGUGUCUGCACUCUUGUUUAAUUAAUUUCCAUAUCAGAAGCUAACCUGACACGAACUGACUGUGAACAAGGGGUGGGGUAGUGGAUAAGAAACCUCUGCACCGUUCCACGCAGGUGUUAGAGUCCAGAUUUCAUCUUCUGACAUUGAAACAGUCGGCUUUCUUGGACAUAGCCAUGUAUCAGGAUUGGCUGUUCGCAGCGUUCACUCAGCUCGAAUGUAGGCAGCCCUACGGAUGCUUUUUCGCAAAACGCAAUAAAAACUUUGCUUCUUCACUAAAACUAAUGACCGCGCCAAGUUCUGUGAACUUUUCAUCAACGCUUAGCUAGUUAAAUGUUGGACUAAGGUUGUAUUUACAGGCUUAAAAUCAGCACGUGUGUACCACCAGCCUACACUGAGGUCUUACACAGCAGAGAAAUGUUUUCAAUAAUUUCAUUCCCCCCCCCCUCCAUUAUGUGUUGCUGCUUAUAUACAUCUAAAAUGCUAAAUAUUCGUAACUACUGUAUAUAAAAUUAAUGGACAUAUAUUAGUUCAAUUAACAAUACGCCUAAUCGUUACAGGUGUUAGAAUUUUGACGAAAUUAGGCUGGUUCUAAUGGACUAUGGUUAACGAUAUUUUGUAAAGGUAUAUUUUUUUUUCUUAAAAGUAAUGUAUUUGCAUUUUGUGAACUUGACGGCCUAUGUGUGUACACUAAAACUUAUUUGCAAGUGUUAGUUUGGCAGUGUCGUUUUGAAUGCAGCAACAGAAGCCCAUUGUUUGUUGACAAUAGCAUCUUUUACACCUCAACUGUAAUAAACGCUUCUAUUGACCUUUGA